GUCUGACUGGCACGUAAACUGGCAAACCGCAGGCAAUACUCCAGGGGAACACAGCCUGCAGCAGCAGCGCAGCCGCUGAAGUAGAGGGCCGAGCUAGGGAUGUGAACCCAAGGUCCGUCCGCAGCACCCAGCAGGUGCUCCAUGCUGUUCGCAGCAGAAGAGUAAACUCGAAUAAGAACUGGUGCAGCCAGGAAGCUCAGCUCAUUGAGGGGGCCCAUGCCGGGUCAGCAAACCAGCGACCCAUAGGCAAUACACUGGAGAAGGAGCCAGUGCUGCAGGCUGGAGAACUCACGCUUGCCGGCUGAUGUAUCAGACUGCUUUGACACCCGACACCCUCCUCAGGAGGGAGCACGUUAGAGGCAAAUCACCAAGGGCUUCUGCAGUCCAUGCUGGCAAGAUAAGCAAUUCAUGCAGGAUUCAGGGGUUUCUCUGGAUAAUAAAGCAUGGUCUGGGGACAAGCACAACACACACUGAUCAUAUCCAUCCUCUAUCGGCAUCGAAAUGUCAUACUCCAAACAAUUUUGGGAUGUAUGGGCUUCCAUACUUCUGCCGAAGCAAGGGGGCGGGGCCACAUGCUAACCCAGAAACAAUUACUAUCAGAUCAGAAAAUCAUCACAGCUGAGUCUGGACAGAACGUCAUGCUGCCGUGUCGAGCUCCAAAUGAGAACAAAAACAACACAGUAGUAGAGUGGAGCAGACCUGAUCUAAAUCAAACAUAUGUCCUUUUGCACCGGGGUGAGCACUUUGAUCCAGCCAGCCAGGAUCCAUCUUUUAAGAACCGGGUGGAGCUGCAGGACAGACAGAUGAAGGAUGGAGACGUGUCUGUGAUUCUGAAGGAUGUGACAACUGCUGAUAGUGGAACAUACGAGUGUCGCUUCAGGGAGUCAAAGAGGAGAGGUAUUGUCAAAGGUGACCCCAACAACAUCAUCCACCUGAGUGUUGUUCCUCCAGGAAGCGUCAGCAUGGGAGAGAAGAUAACUGCACCAUUUAGACUCAUCAUCACUCUGUCAGUUUUUGCUGUGCUUCAUGUUGGUGGGUUUUGACCUACAGAAACAUGAAGACAAACAGACUCACCUGAAACAGCAUGUCUGAAAUUUCUCUGAUGUUUUUGUUUCUUUGUUGUUGUUGUUGUUUUUUUAACACUAUGAAUGUCCAGCUUAACGUUCAUUACUCUGUGUUUUGUGACAAACUUUAAGGUAACCUGUAUGUCACAUUUUGUUUUUACUGAGUACUAAGAACAACAGUUAAUCAAACUGAAUAAUGCUGUGAGAAGUAUUGUUUUUUCCGAAUGUUUUAUCUGACAUUUGCUUUGUUCUGAAGGCCUGGGCCUGGUUUCAUCCUGAUAAAAAAUAUUUUUUCUUUUUUUGUUUGUUUUUGUUAUUUCUUCCAUUGAUCUUGUAAUCCUGCUGACUUCUGUCCUACUUGUUCAAAAAAGAAGCUGGAUAGGAUCACACUGAACCACUAACAGACAGCAGGGGUGUCAAAGACGAGGCCUCCGGGCCAGGAUAGACUCCAAUGCUGUCUGCUGGACAGCCUUGGAAAAUAUGAAUGAUGGUAGAAUUUUUUGACUUAACUCUAUUUUCAAAAGUCUAAGGAGCUUGGAAAGAAAAGCGUCUGGACUUCUUUAAGUUGCUUGAAGACGUUUCACCUCUCAUCCGAGAGGCUUCUUCAGUCUCAGGGUGGAGAGUCCCAGAUCUAUUUGCAAAACUUUUACAGUUAGAAAGAGCUCCCGCAUUGCCAUUCAUACAACACCAAAAUAGUUAAGAAAUAAAUAAUGACAUCACAGAACAGUUCCUGUUUUUUACUGUCUACUGUACAUAAAACAACAAAAUGAUCAAUCUACAAAAUCUUCAUUUAUUCAUGAGUGUGUAACAGCUACUAGAAUUGUUUUUUCUAUAAUUUCACACAUUAACAUGUAGAAAAACUCAUAUGUGCUGUUGGAAUUGUGCCUUUUUUAUUAAGAUAUAAAGAUAGAAAAUGUGUAGAUAAACUUCUUUA